AUGAGCCAACAAACUACUGCAUCUUCUGAAUAUCUGGAUGAAUCCAAAACGUUCAGUUCGUUCCAGUUGGACCUGAGACUGCAACAGUCCCUUAAGAGCAGUGGCUUCCACCACCCCACACUAAUACAGUCAAGUGCAAUCCCGCUUGCAUUGGAACAGAAGCGUGAUAUAAUUGCAAAGGCAUCGACUGGAUCUGGUAAGACGCUUGCCUACUUGAUUCCGGUGGUACAGACGAUCCUGGAACACAAAAGUACACAAGGUGCGGACAGAACCACAGGCACAUUGGGCGUGGUGUUGGUGCCAACAAGAGAACUAGCACAGCAAGUCCGCGUGGUGCUGGAAAAGUUGGUGUUAUACUGCUCGAAGGACAUAAGGCUGCUAAAUAUUUCAGCCAAUGUCGACGAUUCUGUGCUGGGGCCGUUACUAGCAGAAAACCCAGAGAUCAUCAUUUCCACACCCUCACAGCUAGUUAAGAUUCUAGAGGGCAAGCAUCUGCAGACGAUUUCCUUGAGGGAUCUAAGGUUCCUUGUGAUAGAUGAGGUUGAUUUAAUCCUCACGUUUGGUUACCAAGAAGAUUUGCUGAAGAUAUCCCAAUAUUUGCCUUUGAAGAAGAAUUUACAGGCGUUCUUAAUGAGUGCAACCUUAAAUGAAGAAAUCCAGGAACUCAAGACUAAGUUCUGUCGUUCGCCAGCUAUCUUAAAGCUCAAUGACGAUGAAAUCAACAAAAACAAAAACAAGCUCCUGCAGUACUACGUGAAGGUCUCGGAGUUCGACAAAUUCUUGUUAUGCUACGUCAUUUUCAAGCUUUCAUUAAUAAAAGGUAAGACCAUUAUUUUUGUGAACACUAUUGACAGAGGUUACAGAUUGAAAUUGGUCUUGGAACAGUUUGGCAUUAGAUCUUGCAUUCUGAACAGUGAGCUGCCGCUAAACUCGCGCCAACACAUAGUGGACGAAUUUAACAAGAAUGUAUACCAGCUACUCAUUGCCACGGAUGACAACGAGUACAUUGAAGAAGAAGACGAAGAAACCGUGGAGGCGGGCGAAGAAGGCAGCGAAAAGCUUGAAGAAGGCGGGGAGAAGCUUGAAGAGAUCACUUCAAAGACUAGUUCUACAAACGGGAAGCAAAAAAUUGCUAAGAAGGACAAGGAAUAUGGUGCAUCCCGGGGUGUUGAUUUCCAAAACGUCUCGUGCGUACUAAAUUUUGACCUUCCUACCACAGCCAAGUCAUACGUUCACAGAAUCGGAAGAACCGCGCGUGCAGGUAAAUCUGGUACCGCCAUUUCUUUCGUGGUGCCACUAAAGGAGUACGGAAAGCAUAAGCCCUCGAUGCUUGUGACGGCAAAGAAAGAUGAGAAGAUUCUCGCCAGAGUCAUAAAGCAACAAAGCAAACUAGGAUUCCAAAUUGAGCCAUACAACUUUGACGUAAAACAGAUCGAAGGUUUCCGUUAUAGAAUGGAGGAUGGUUUCCGUGCCGUGACUCAAGUUGCAGUUCGGGAGGCCCGUGUCAAGGAAUUAAAGCAAGAACUGCUGGCGAGUGAAAAGCUGAAGAGACAUUUCGAGGAGAACCCGCAUGAUUUAGAUAGUUUAAGGCAUGACAAGGAGCUUCACCCAGCUCGUGUUCAGCAGCAUUUGAAGAGGGUUCCAGAUUACCUCUUACCAGAGGCUGCUAGGGAAACUGGUAAAAAGAUUGGCUUCGUACCGUUCCACAACCCGAAGAAGAACAGAAAAGGCAAAGUGGCCAAGCGCAAGCCAGGGCGUAAAUCAGACCCUCUAAAAAACUUCAAGUGA